CCUGGGAAGGAGGCAGCUGCCAGGCCACAGCCCUAGGGCCUGGGAGGGCGGAGCUGGUUGCCAGGGCCUCAGGUGAUGUGGAUCCGGAAGUAGGAAACAGUCUGAGCCCAACUGGGGAGCGCAGGUGGCUCCCGCUGGGAUGAGUCUGUCCAUGGAGGAGCUCGAGGUCACAGCUCAGGAAGUGCUGGGAAGACUGAAGAGCCACCAGCUGUUCCAGUCUGAGUGGGACACUGCUGCCUUCGUGGUCUUUCUCACUUUUGCGGGCACUGUGCUGCUCCUGCUGCUUCUGGUCAUUGCCCACUGCUGCUGUCACUGCUGCUGUCCCUCCACCAAGCCCCGGAAGGAAAGACCCAAGGGAAUAGAUAACUUGGCCAUGGAACCCUAACAUUAGACCCUUGGCAUGUGUCCUGAUGCCAAAGAAACAAAGCUUGACUACUGUGA